AUGACGUAUACAGGAGAACUAUCCAAAAAUCAUACUUCAGAAUAUUUAAAAGAAACUCUUCAAGAAGUUACGGAGAAUUGGAAUGUGGAUGGAAAAGUGUCUGGUAUUACACAUGAUAACGCGUACAAUAUUACUAAAGCAAUAAAAAAGUUACAAGAAGAUACAAAUGAAGGCUGUAGAAGUAUGCCAUGUGCUGUCCAUACAUUACAACUAGCGGUGAACAAAGGAUUAUUAAUUGAUGAAUGUAUAGUUAUUUCCAAAAAGGCUUCGUCAAUAGUGUCUGCCUUCAAACACUCGUAUAAAAGAACAACAGCAUUAGAGUCUUAUCUCAUAAACAAUGGUAAACCGAAUUUACGUUUAAUUCAAUGUUGUCCAACUCGAUGGAAUUAA